CUGGGUGGAAAACUACACAUAUCUGGGAGUCUGCAUUGCAGAUUCACUAUCUCCUUAGAAGGAAAUACAGCUCCUCCAGGCCAAAACAAAAAUUGGGCUUAAUGCUCUAAGUGUAGAAUAUGCAGCACCAGUGCUGACAAGUCUCAGAGGCUGGAGGUCAUAAAAAAUAAUGCAAUGAGACUUAUACUUGGAGCCCCAAUGUGGACAAAAAUUUGUCUCUUGAGGGCAGAGACACAACUAGUCACUCACGCACAGGAUAGGCCAAAGAAAUAUUGCCAUUCUGUACAAAACCAUCAGAAACGACAGAAAUGGACCACUCAAAAACAAAAUGUAAGCGUGCAUAAACCUGCAAAAACCUGCUAGAUCCGCCCAAAACCUAUGCGGGCAGCAUACUCCAGACCCUGAGAGAACUGGAUAUGCAUAUUACACAGAUGGCUCAGUUGAUCCAGAAGCUCCGGCAACUGCAGCAGCAGUGGCUGUCCAAGACUUCAAAGGAAGCUGGAGGCUAUCCAGCAAUGCCUCCAUACUACAAGCUGAACUAAUGGCAAUUUUGAAAGCCUUAGAAAAUUCCAAUCUGAAAGAAGGAAACACAACAGUGCAUAUCGACUCGAAAGGAGCAAUACUCGCAAUCAAGGCAACAAAUCCAAAAGAAAAUGUGACACUGAUAACAGCCAUAAAAUCAGUAGCCAAGUCACAUCAAGCUGCUGACAGGAGAGUCAUACUAAACUGGAUACCCAGCCAUGUGGGAAUCUUGGGAAACGAAGAAGCUGACAUCCUAGCCAAAAGUGCCCUCAGCUGCAGUACAGUAAGCAUAAAAGUGCAACCAUCCAUAACACACCUAAAGGAAAUGGCUAAAAGCUAUGCCAAACUCCAAGAAGAGAGUGAAGUACGACGUCACUAUUUACAAGAUUCACGGACGUCCAAGUGGUAUGUGGAUGUCACAAAUCUAGGGCCUCAUGACAUCACAAAACAAACCACUAGAAAACUCUCAAUCAUCACACACAGAUUAAGGCUAGGAUACUUGUGUACCUGGCAAAUGAUUGGUAAUGAGGGCAGGUUAUGUCAGUACUGUGACCGAGAGGCAAUCCAGCCUCUCGAGCACUACCUACUAGACUGCCCAGAGACACAGUCUCUCAGGUCGAACCUUACUGAAAAUGAGCUGACACCGGCACAGAUCACCAGACACAUCCUAAAUAACAUAAGGACACAUGGGAAUCUCCUAAUGUCUCACACACCUCUCAGGUAAAAAGAGGAAUUCCAUAGCAAAUCUACAUAGAUACAUGGGAAUCUCCUGUUGUCCUACCAACCUCCCAGAGAAAAGAAUUCUCUGAUGGUUAAAACCAAAGAAAACCGCACAAUGGACCAACCCUGUACUUCACUGUUUGCAAUGGGAGCCAUACACAUCUUUGGGAACAUAUGUUUGUGUGAGUAGGCGUGUACAUGUAUAUAUACUAUUAUACUUUCUUAAUGUUGGAUUGAUAUAUAUUGCAAUAUAUUCAGAUGCUACACACAUGUAUAUAUAUUGUGCCUGAAAUGUUAUAGGUAACUCCCCCCGCCCCCCGUUUUUUUUUUUUUUACCACCUUCCCCUCAAACUAAAACUCGCUUCCUUCUCCUACUCAGCCCUCUCCAUCUAGGCUGAGUCUCACUUCUAUAAAACUUUCUCUCCUACUGAUAGGUACCGUAAGGUUCAAAGGGGUUGAAAUCCUGCCUGUCACCUUAUUUCCUUUCUACAACUAACAGCCAAAAGCACUGUUUUUGUAUCUUUACAGAUAAUGCAGUUACGGGCUGCUCUAGGAGCAAGAGCCCGUGCCAGCACAACAACAAACACACCAAGAUCUGUCCACCCUCAGCUUCCCAGCCCGAGGAU